GGAGAUCUCAGGUGACCAGGAGUCGACGUGUGCAGAAGUCCUCCUGCUAGUCUGGUCCUUGUUCCCGCCUGGGUCCCAGCUUCCUUCAGCGGUGAAGUAGACAGCGUGGGAGCCCAGCGGAAGAAGUCAACUUGUGGGAUUUUUGCAAAAGUUAUCACAUACAAAGGGGAAAAGCAGGGAAAAAAGAAUAAAGGAAGGAAGACAGACACACACAAGAUGAAACCCUGUCAAAAAAUUGAAGGAAAACCAGAAAAUGAGAGUGAACCAAAGCUUGAGGAAGAGCCAACACCAGAGGAAAAGCCAGAGGAGGGAGAGCCAGAAGACCAAGAAAAAGCAGAAGGAACUUUUAAAGAAAGGCUGAUUCAGUCUCUCCAGGAAUUUAAAGAAGAUAUACACAAUAGGCAUUUAAACAAUGAAGAUAUGUUUAGAGAAGUGGAUGAAAUGGAUGAGAUAAGGAGAGUGAGAAACAAACUUAUAGUGAUGCGUUGGAAGGUUAAUCGAAACCAUCCUUACCCCUAUUUAAUGUAAUUCACUGAUCUUUAUUUGAUAUUAACAAUAGGUUUCUUUUUAUUAGCAUUUUCCUGAUAAACUUUUGUCCUGCUUUCUACUUUUAACCUGCUGCUAUUAGUGGUUUUAGAUUUAUCUCAUUAUCUGCAUCUCAUUGUUUAUUGUACAUUAAACCAAUCUACAAGACUUUAUCUUCUAAUAAAAGAGAUUUACUCAUAUGUAAAAAAGAGGUUCCUGGUAGGAUAUAAAAUGAGAAAGAGGUUAAUAAGUAAUAUGUGAAUAUCAUAUUUUUGAAAGGUAAAAGUACAAUUGUAUAUUACAUAUAUACACAUAGAAACUUGUGAAGGAUGAAAGACAAAAAGUAUUGUAUUGGUGGUGGGAUUAUGAAUGAUUUUUCUUCUUUUGCUUAUUUGUAUUGUCUAUAUUCUUAAAAUGAACACACACUAUUAUUGCUAAAAAUAAUAAAAGUUUUAUAACAAUAAAAGCAA